CGUAAUUUUAUCUAAUUAUAUAUAUUAUUUGAAAAAACGGGAAAAAAAACUAUAUUUUAUGCAAUUUUUCACUUAAAUGUCUCGAUAAGUACUAUGGAUUAUAGAUCAAUAACGGGCUUUUAGUGGUCCAGUGGGCUUAAGCCCAAUAUAAGUAGAAAGUUGGCGGUAAAAAGGUAAAAAAGUAAAAGGACACUUUUUUAACGUUACCAAUUUAUCAUCACUGUUGCAUACAGAGUUGAUGCUAUAUCUGGAAAUUUAUCCAAGGGCUUUUGAUCUUCUCCACCAGCUUCAAAUGUAAUCAAUCUCAGUACACAUUAUUAACAUCUUUGUAUGCAUACAUUUACAGCUUGUAUCCAUCUCCAUUUUGUUUUUUACUUUUACCUUUGAAAUGGGCUAGUCUUUUUUUUUAUUGUGUUCCAAGUUACACUUUCUUGCUAACAAAGUCUUUUCUUCAAUCCCAUUUAUUUUUUAUUUUUUGCUUAGAUCUUUAGUUGGGGUUUCAUAAAUUUGUGUUUUGUGAAAUGGGUUGUUUUGAUAUUCGAGAUUUAUGGGGGUUUUGAGAUAUAAAGUAUAAACCCUCAAAAUCUUUCUAUUUUUCUGCAAAAAAGUUGAGUGUUUGUACUAAAACCCCUGUUUGAGGCUGUUUUAAGAAUGGAAAAUAUUGAGCAGGCUCGUGACAUUCGUGGUAGAUUUAGGACUGAUGAUGAACCAUUUGGAGUUGGUGGUAAUGCUGAUCAUUGUAGAUCUUUUAAGAGGCCUAGAGUUUCGGAAAAUAUAAGGGACUCGAGACUGCCUAAUUUGAACAACACAUCGAGGGCAGGCAUUUCUUUUAAGAGUCAGCCAUGUUGUGAUUUUAGAACCCGGGGUUGUAGUUAUGGGACUAACUGUCGUUAUUCUCAUGAGUUUCGCGGAAUAGACCAAGGUGAAUUGGUGGCAAAGGAGAUUGGACUUGGCUAUAAUAAUGUGUGCAAGUGGUAUACCAGUGGGAAACCAUGUCCGUAUGGCAAUAGAUGUCGCUUUCCUCAUGAAGAUGUUAAGAAUGGUGUGGACGAGUUUAGGAAGAGUCAUGCCAUUAGCAUUGCUGGUUAUAAUCAGGGCUUGAGUUUGAAGCAAGACAAUAGACUUGGGGGAUCAGGUUUUGGGGCUAAACAGGAUAAUACGCCUGUGGAUGUAAGCUUGAGGGCAAACCAAGCACAUCAACGACAUAUGUCUUGGAAGACGAGGCUGUGUAACAGGUGGGAAACAGUUAAAGAGUGUCCAUAUGGCUCGAAAUGUUUCUUUGCUCAUGGAUUGGCAGAACUUCUUCCUGGACCAAGCGCAAGAAACAAAAAUCAAUCUUUAAGAUCUGUUGCUGGUAUUGCUAAGGAUGAAAAGAACGGGGUUGCUCAGGUGGAAGGUAAAGAAGAAUGCUCCAUCAGGUGGAAGACAGUGAAUAAGCUCGUCGGGAUCUAUGCUGAUUGGAUUGAGGAUAUGCCUUCUCAGCCUGAUAUGUGAUUAGCUAUCAUUUUGUCGCUUUUUGGUGUCUCCUAUGCCCUCUACAACUACCCUGAUGAAACACUGGCUUAUUUUCAGCUUGCUAAUGGAUAUUACUAUCUGGGCAUUAAUAUUCUCAGCUUGAAGUACUGAAUACUUCAAGGACUACUAAUUCACCCAAAUUUGUCAAGUCCUGUGUUUUGAAAACAAGAGAUGGUGUACAUAAUAUGGGUUCUCUUCAAAUCAUUUUCAUGUGUAAAAGUCAUUUGUCAAUCUUGGCAGAUAUAGAUAGAAAUUUCUUUGAA